AUGAAUGCAGAUAUACCUAAGGAUUUUAUUCAAAAAGAGAACCAGAUCUUUAAAAAUAGAAUUUGUAUCAGAAAUUUACCAAUAUCUAUAAUCAUAAAUAUUUGUUUUUACAUAGACCCGGAAAGUUGCAUAAGUCUUAGUUUGACAUGCAAGUCUAUCUAUACAUCAAUUAAGAAUUGCUCUAUAAUAUGGAGAUUUUAUUGCCAUUAUAGUGGUUUUGUUCAAUCUUAUAAUAGAGAUAAAAUUUGUAUAGGGGAAUCAUCUAUAAUAGAGGAUAAAAUAAUACCAAAUGGUUACAAGUACAUAGAACAUCUUAAGUAUUCAUUAUUACCGAAUAUAUCUGUAGAUGAGUACAAAUGGGAAUUUGGAGAUAACACUUAUUCUCCAAUAAUAUUGGAAUAUGAUUGGUGGGUAAAUUUACUUGGAAAAAAGUAUAAAUCUAAAAUUAAAAAUUAUUUUAAUUCAAAUAUACAUACAAAGAAUUACUGGGUAAAUUCACAUAUUGAUAUAACUCUACUAACGAAUAUAAUAAAUUGGAGAGUAGUAUAUUACGUAAAUAUGAAUAAUAAAUUCCCACAAGAAUCAUUUUGGUUAAGGAUGGGAGCAAUUGAUAUUUUAGUUCCAAUUCCAAUAAUUAAAAUACAAAUAAAGAGUAUGAAUGAUUUAUAUACUGAAACAACAAUUUUAAGUAUUGUGGCUAGUAUAAAAUUUUUAAGUAUACUCCAUAUUUGUAGACAAUUUAUCAAAUUAUCUUGUCCAAUUAGAAUCAGAGAAUUACAUCUAGGAGGCCGACCUGGGGCUAUAAUAACAUCUCAUCCUAGUAGUAGAGGUAAUUAUAUACUUGAAUUACCAUAUGAAGUUAUUUGGAAAUCGUUAAAUACUGGGAAAAAUGAAAAUUUUAUAAAUAAUCAAAUUAAUUUAUAUGAAGUACCAUAUUCAUGUCUUAAUGAGUGUUAUGAGAUUUUUAAAGAGUCUAGUCAUUUUCAUAUAUCUUUUGUUAGUGUGAUAUUGCACUAUAUAUUAAAUUAUCAGAAGAAUCUAUCUACAUCUAACAAAUCAUACUUAUAUAAAGAUCAAUUCUGUUCAUUAUCAAUUAAUAAAGAAUUAUACCAAGUAGAUGAAAUUACUAAAGGUAGUCAAAUGGAGUGUAGAGUAGAUUCUGACUUAUUAAAGUACAGGGUACAAUGUGAACAGUUAUCUAAAAAGUGGGAAAAUUGCAAGUGUAAUAUUUCAUUCCUUAAAGAUAAUAUUUCAGAAAUCCAGAUUGAAGGGUUUGAUGAGAAAUUAGAAGUCAAUAGUCUUUUGCCUGAUUUAUUAAAAGAUAGCACAAUUUUUUUUACAGAAUCCAUAUUGAAGUUAAAAGAGGAUUAUUUUUGUAAUUUUCCAGACAAUCUAAUUGGUUACAAAUGGUUAAUGCAACCUAAAAUAACAAAAGAUGUAAAAAGAAAUUCAUGUUAUCAGAAAGUAUAUUUAAGUAACAAAUCUGAGGGAGUAGUAAUCUAUCAAAAUACUUUAGAAAUUGCACUAGAGAUAUCAUAUAGAAUUCCGCAAAAUUCUUAUUCUAAAUUUAAGGUAUCAACAUCAAAUAAUAGAAAUAUUUGUAUUUCAAUACCAAAGGAUAAAAAUUCCUUGGGAGACUUAUUAAAUAAGAUUGGAAGUACUUUGAAAAACAUUCUUAACGAAGAGGUAUAUAUGAUAAUUUUACUUCAAGGUAUUGGAUGGAUAGGUGAAAUUAAUGAUGGAAUAUCUGAUGUACAAGAAUCAUUAAAUAAUAACUUAAUUUGCAAUCUUAUUUAUCAAAAUAUUGUACGAUUAUUUAAUAUACCCAAGAUUUCAUUUUCUAAUCAUAGUCAAUUGUAUCAUUUCCAAUAUUUACUAGCUUGUGACUUGUCAAAACAUCUAGCCUUUGUUAAUAGUGAAAAACUAAAUCUUAUAAUAGAAGAAAUUCCUUUACAUUAUAUUCAGGAUGAUAUAAAAAACCAUUUACAAAUGAUCAAAGAAAAUUUAUUAUCUGUUGGAUGGGUACCACAAAUAAAUACUAAUACUUUAAAUCAUAUAGUUUUAAAUGCUGGUUAUCUUCCAUUAAAUAAACAUCUACUCAAAAAGGAUCAGUACAGUACAGAUAAAAUUAAAAAAUUUAUUGGUUUACGCAUUUGUCGUGAAAAUCAUCGAUUUUUUUGUUCUCAUGAAUCAAGUAGUUGUGGUAAAACUUUAGAUUAUGAUUAUUAUUUAUUUUCACAAACUCUUAACAAAGCUCUAAAAUUCAAAACGGAAAAUUCUCAAAUAAAUGAUCAAUAUCCGAUUAUAAACUCAACAUUUUUUCCAAUAAUAACGAAUCAAAAAAUAAAACGAGAUAGUAAUAUAACAAUAGAUCCUGAUAAAUUUGUAGAAAAUAGUAUCUCAAGCUCUAUUAAACCUUUUAAAGAUGAAUAUAAGAAACAAGUACAGGUAGCUACUCUUUACAGUACUUUAGAGGCUCGGCAAUUUGAGUUUCACUAUACUCGACCAGACUGGAUUAUAAUUGGUACUGCUGAUGGUCAAACGAAACUUAUCGACCGUUAUAGAGACUUAGUUGUUGGACAAGAAAGUGUAUCAAUUACUCCUAUAAUUGGAUUAGGCUGGUACCACAAUCAUCCAGAAUUUCUUGUUAGUGGAAGUUGUAUAGUUGGGUCAAUAUCAGUAAUUAGAAUUAAUGACAAUCCAUUCUUUAUAAAUGAAAGCGAAUAUGAACAUGAUGAUUCUAUAUUAACUGGCUGCAGUAGUCGAAUCUGCAAUUCAACAAAUAGUUUAUGUGGAGCAUCAAUAUCCAAAGACUUACAGUAUCCAUUAAAUUCUUCAUCGUUACCCUAUACACUUAAAGUGCAGAAGGAAUGUCGUCCUUUUCAACAGCUUAGUUCAGUCAGUAUAAAUUCAACAGAUGACUUCUUUUUAGCUAGUGGAUUUGGUAAAUCAAUUGCAUGCUAUGAUGCACGCACUGGAGAACAGACAAAACUAUUUCAGGAUAUUCACAUGUCCCAUAUAAAUACUGUAAGAUUUUCACAUUAUCACCCACAGGUAUUUUCUACUGCCUCAUUUGACUCUACUUGUAAACUAUGGGAUAUGAGGCAAAGGAUUCGUGGAAAUACAUCAGUAAUGCGUUUUGAUUUACAAAGUAUGGUAGUUCUUACAUCUUUUUGCCCUAGUGAUGAUAGCAAACUAGUUAUAAGUGGAGUUGACUCAGCAAUACGCCAAGUAGACCUUAGAAGUUACAGUAACAAUAAUGAUAUAUGUAAAUUUGAUAUACCCUCAUUAAAUAGUACUCAAAGCUUUAGGAGGUCUACCUAUAAUUCAAGUGGAGAAAAGAUAAUAAGUGCAAAUACCGAAGAGAGUAUUUUGCGCAUUUUCGAUUCAAAUAAUGGAAAAUCUAUCCAAAAUGUAGACAUGAAGGAAUUUAGAUCACCUAUUAAAAGUGAAUUUUCUAAGAUAGCUCAGAAGUAUCCAGAAUAUGACGAUAGAGUAACAUUUAACGGUUUUUAUGAAGGGAGUAAUUCAACAUACUUUUCUGGUGGUUAUCUCAACAAUAGUAACACUUUUCAUUUAAACAGUCUAGCAUCUUAUUCUACAGCUGUAUCUUCUAAUUCAAGUAUUUCAAAUUGUACAAUUGGAAAUUUUCACAGUAAUAUAUUUGUGCAAUCUGUUAGGGGUCAUCCAAUUUUUGCAGAUGUAACAGGUGCACUACUAAACACUCAUAAGUCUACUGGAAUUUCCAAAUUAGCUCUAUUAAAAAUUUAA